GCUCGGUCGAUAUUGUGAGGUUUGUUUGAGGGACGAACAUCAACAUUGGCACAAUCCUCCUCAUUCAUACAACCUUGACCAGAUGAACCCAGUCUCGCCAUUGAUGCCCUCUUUAUGUGAUCCCCGCAGCCUGUGAAAAUGCAUCAUGGCCAGUCCACCUCCUUCCUACGGCGACGCCCCUCCCCUCCAAAGUUACCGCAGGUCCUUUACUGUCCCUUCACGCUCACUCUCCCUACAUGAAAGAGCUGGACUCGACAAAUCAGAUGCCGAUGCCGAUAUCCUGUACUCCCACCCCUCUGCGCGCAUUAUCGCCUUCUCCCCUCCCAGAGAGUCGAUCCCUCCACAGAGCAAGGAGACGCUCCCCGAUGCCGACUAUCCCAUUGACACGGUAGAAACACUACCGUGGCGAUCGCGCUCAGAGAUUCUGGCUGCCACAGGCCCUAUAGUGAUAGAGAAGGUCCGCGGCUCCAGCUAUUUCCUCAAAUCUGCCGACCAGAAGGUCAUCCACACCAUCAUGCGCAAUUCACAGUGUUGGUGUGUCGACGGAGAAUCCAAAUUCGUAUUGCGCAUAGGAAAAUUCAGAUACUACAGAAUUGAGCUACCCUCAGAAACAGAGGAGGACAAGAAAAAGGUCGAAGAACUGAAAGCUGCCCUACCGAAAGUCCUCCGAUUUGAGAGAACGCCAUGUCCUUUCAAGCGCGCAUUUCACGUGGAUCUUCCGGAGGAUGCAAUAACGCCUCGAAGGAAGGGAACUUGGAAACGAAGACAGCAACCAGAUCCGACCACCCCCAACACUGAUCCAUUGCCCAUGGGGAGGACGAAGACUUCACGAGCCUGGAGCUUUCAAGGUCAGAACGGCUUGACAUCCGUCCAGACUUAUGGGCGUCGUGGGUCAGAUUAUGGCUACAGCCCAAGUCCAAGCUCGUCUCGAUCUCGACCCGGAGCUGAUGGCUACCGCUCCUCCACCCCAUCUAGUGUAGCUUCUGGCGACGACCCUCUUGAGAGAAGACAUGAUGACGAGUCUAGCGAGGAUGGUUCACAACACGAUGAGGAGCGCGAGGAGGUCGCUCCCAGGCGGGGGCUUACUCGAAGCGCAAUCGGCGCUUCGAGAUCGCAGCGAUCGUCCAUCGCUGAAAAAGAACACAGGGAUGCGAUCCCAUCCUCUCGAUCGGACGACGAAGCCGGUCGAACUGAAGAGUCCGAGGAUAUGUCUCUUGCACAGCCUGUCGACUCUUCCACAAUUGAAACCGGGGCACAAUCGACUAUUGAAGGGGUGCCAACGUCGGUACAGCCUCAGGAAGGCGAUAUGGAGGAGAUAUCUGGCGAGACAAAUGCGCCAGAAUCAACAGGGGAGAAUUUGGAAAACGAGGUCCCUCAAGAGAAAGUCGGCCCCGUAGUUGAUCAUCCGGGAGAGCAACUAGAAGGGGACCAUGGGGAUGACAGAGAAGGCUCCACGGAGGUUGCUCCCGAGGAGUCAGAACAGACCACAACAACGUCUCCCUCCACUGAGUCCGAAUCUGAACUGGCACUCUCCCAAACCAUUGAGCCAGCGACCGAUGACGCAGACGCUGAGACCACAAUAGAGCAGCCCCUAUCAGAGAAUACCGGGACUUCUGAACAACCCCCAACUUUACACCAGGAAGGAGACUCUGGGCCGCGUGAAGUGGUUGCCGUCCUCGAAACCGAGGGUUCUCUUAGCAGAGUUUCGAGUGUGGAUUCCUUCUAUACGACAGAUUCUUUAGCGCAAGAACCCCUUGAUGGGCAUGUACAGAUUAUUGACUUUGAACAGCGGCCUCAAGCGGAAGGGUUUACUCCUUUCUUUUUGAAUAGGAAUCAGCACCAAAGAGGUCUUUCCGAGCUUACAGUCACGGCCUCCACUGUGGAAUCCGAACAAAGUCCUAAGAAAAGGCCCUCGACUAGUGACUCGAUGGACAAGGCUUCGACUCCAGGUCUAGCGCAGUCCUCGAUGUCUGAUUCGUCUUGGCCAGAGGUUCACACACCACCAACAUCGCCGAUCAAAGAGGGAUUGAGGCGGCGCUUGCACGCCAAACGAUCCUUUUCGCCUCUGCCGCCAUCCACCACUCUGCUAUCAUCUUCACCAUCCCCAACAAACUAUGGUAGUCCCUUUACUGCCGACUUUCUCCAGAAAGCGGCUAAUGUGGCAUUUGUCAAACCCAUUGAAGCUGUUGUCCUGCUGGUCCAUAUUCUCGCUCGAAUAGCCGGUGGCGCCACGGUGAGUGACUUACUUAGUGGCGAGUUGUUUCGCAGACCGGAAACACAUCGGCGGAGAACAAGCUUCCCGGACCAGCCUCCUGCGCCAAGGGAUGACAGCGAGGAAGAAGAUGACUUUGGAAUGCCAAUCAGGGGCCGAACGAAAAGUCAAGAUCCAGGCACGAAUCCCGAUACAACAAACACCAUGACUACGAAAGAUGACGAUGCAGACUCCAUCUUUGAUCUGGAUUAGGUGUCCUACUCGUGAUAUAGUCUGUUGAGACGAGGGAGUUAUCACGUGUGCGAGACCAAAGCAUCCAGGUUAUCUAUCACUAUUAAUCAACGUGAGAGGUUUAUAUUUGAGCAUGGCGCUCCUUCAUGACCAUAGUAACGACUGGGUCCUGUGUACAAAGAUAGUGGGAAGUUUGUGGAAUGUUUGCUUUUUGCUUGAUGAUACCACCAGUUUUCACGCCCAAUGGCGGAGUUGCAAUGAAUUGGCUGCUUCAAGAUCCUUUCUGUCUGUGUCUCAUGUAUGGCAGCUCUCGUGUCAGACACAGGAUAUUCAUCCAUCUUUGCGGACGUCUUUG